AUGGCGUAUGAUGUCCACGCCUCUUUUGUCUAUUUAGACGACGGUAUUUCCGGUCAUAAAUGUCGUAUUGAUGCUUCUGCGGCCAGUAUUAUUCAAAAGAAAGAUUUAUUGUGUUCCGGUCUUAAAACGAAUGAGGAAAAAUGUCAUUGGGAGCCCAUGCAAAUCGGAGAAUGGCUUGGUAUGAUUAUUAACACCAUCAAUUUUGAAUUUGAAAUUCCGCCUCGGAAAAUCGAGAAAGUUAAGAAAAACAUUCAGUACAUUUUGUCUUCCAAUCACGUUUCAUAUCGAGAACUGGCAAAAAUCGCCGGUUUCAUCAAUUCAUUGUAUUUAGCUGUCGGUCCACCUGUGAGGCUUUUUUCGCGGCAACUCUUUUUCAUAAUUUCUCAGAGAGAUUCAUGGGCAGGGCAUUUGGAUAGCGUCCCACCUCUUUUGAUGGAGGAAUUGAGAUUUUGGUUAGACAAUUUACGUUACCUAAACGGGUAUAACAUUCGGCCAAAAGUGUCUUUAGAACCUUUAACAAUCCACACUGACGCUAGUGGUGUUGGUUAUGGUGGUUAUUUUACCUCGUUGAGGGAUGUAAAUAUACACGGACAUUGGUCCGUUGAGCAAAGUGGUAAGAGUUCCACGUUCCGGGAGUUAUCGGCUAUCCUACUAGUUUUGAAAACUUCUGUGCAACGUUUACAGCAUAAAAAGGUGAAAAUAUUUUCAGAUAGCCAGAGCGCCUGUCGCAUCGUUCAAGUCGGGAGUAGAAUUUUCGAACUCCAAAAUAUUGCAGUAGACAUUUUUAACAUUUGUUUCAUUAACGACAUUAUGAUUGAAACACAAUGGAUUCCUCGAGCAGAAAACAGGACUGCCGAUGUGUUAAGCAAAACCAUUGAUUUAGAUGAUUGGAAGUUACACCCAGAAUUAUUUGUUAUGCUUCAUAGAGCAUGGGGUCCUUUUACUAUUGAUAGGUUCGCCGCUAAUUACAAUACACAAUUACAAAGAUUCAAUUCACGAUUUUGGUGUCCUGAAACAGAGGCUGUUGACGCAUUUACUAAAAAUUGGUCAAACGAAGCGAACUGGGUCUGUUCGCCAGUGGCUUUAAUCAUUCCCGUCAUUAGACACAUGUCCGUGUGUAAGGCCAAAGGUACCUUUAUAGUUCCUCGUUGGCCGUCCGCUAUUUUUUGGCCAGCCAUUAAAACCAAACCUGGAAAGUUUGCUCCAUUUGUUAAGGACAGUUUAGUUUUACUAAAAAAAAAAAAUAGCACAGAUGUGCAUUCCUGGUGA